AUGGUGGCUGGAGCAUGCGACUCAUGGCGUGCCCGGCGCGGCGCCCUGCUGCUCGUCUCGUGGGCGCUCACGCGCGAUCUGCCGGGCUCGUCCUGGCGGGAGAGCUCGACGACGGACAUGUCGAUGCCGUUUUUGGCUUCGGAGUACACCGCGAGAGGUCUCGCGGGUAAGCUUCCCGCAGACGCGAUCAGUAGGAACGCGUGGAUCACGCCGGCUGGCCGUAAACAGAAGACCUGUUUGUUGGUCGGGGAUGUCCGAGAGGAGGUCACGUAUAGGGAGCCGGCGGACGCGACGCGGAGAAGACGCGAUAAACCUCAGGAGAACGCGGACUCGGGCCUAACUCUCGAGAACAGCAGUGAAGAGCCGGAGCAGCAUAGAUAG